AACAUUCUCCCACCCAGGACAAGAAGAUUCCCCCCGUCCGCCGGAUUCACCUCCUGUCGCGAUGACGUCCCCAGUGAAGGUCUAUUACAGCCAGACCACCCAGACAGACAGUCGGCCUCUGAUUGGCACCAACCUAAGACGCAGGCGUGUAAUGACCAAGGAUGGGCGGAGCAACGUGCGCAUGGACCACAUCGCCGAUAAGAGUUUUCUCUACCUCAAGGACCUGUGGACGACAUUCAUUGACAUGCAAUGGCGAUACAAGCUGCUUCUCUUCUCAGCCACGUUUGCUGGAACUUGGUUUAUUUUCGGGGUAAUCUGGUACUUGGUGGCCUUAAUCCAUGGCGAUCUCCUGGAAUUCGAUGCGCCGGCUAACCACACGCCUUGUGUCAUGCAGGUCCACACUUUAACUGGGGCGUUCCUCUUCUCACUGGAAUCGCAGACCACCAUCGGCUACGGCUUCCGUUACAUAAGCGAGGAAUGCCCUCUGGCCAUCGUUCUACUCAUCAGCCAGCUGGUUUUAACCACAAUCCUGGAAAUUUUCAUCACUGGAACUUUCUUGGCAAAAAUUGCCCGUCCAAAAAAGAGAGCAGAGACUAUUAAAUUCAGUCAGAACGCCGUGGUGACUCAGAAUGAAGGCAAACUGUGCCUAAUGAUUCGAGUGGCCAACAUGCGCAAAAGUCUACUCAUUGGAUGCCAAGUGACUGGAAAGCUUCUUCAGACCCAGGCCACAAAAGAGGGCGAGAAUGUCCACCUGAACCAGAUUAACGUAGACUUCCAAGUGGACACAGCCUCCGACAGCCCAUUUUUAAUCCUUCCGCUCCUUUUCUAUCACGUGGUUGACGAAUCUAGCCCUCUUAAGGACGUGGCCAUUCGUUCUGGCGAAGGGGACUUUGAACUGGUGGUCAUCCUCAGCGGGACAGUGGAGUCCACCAGUGCAACCUGUCAGGUCCGGACAUCCUACCUGCCAGAGGAGAUUCUAUGGGGUUAUGAGUUUAGUCCAAUCAUUUCCUUGUCCUCCAGUGGAAAGUACGUAGCGGACUUUAGUUUAUUCGAUCAAGUACUUAAAGUGUCUCCGCCGUGCUGCUUUCACGAGACUGUUCGCAGCGGAGACUCUGAAAAGCUGAAACUGGAAGAAUCAUUCAGGGAUAAGCCGGAGAAAGACGGAAGCCCACUAAGCGUGAGGAUCAGCAACGUAUGAUCUCUAGAACUUACUGUGUACACUGUUUUAUUCUACAGUAGAAGCCUGCUCAGCCAGGUACGCCAUACACUGAUGCCUUAUAUCCUAACUUCUAGGAGACUUUAGAAAACCCACCAGCUGAAUGUUUCCUC